UUUGAACAGUCAAUCCAUCUCCAACACAACAGCACCGCAAAUCCGCACCCACCACUUCCAGUUGAGAGAGACAGAGUUCCCAUUUGAAUAUGCUAUUUGUACCUCCAUUUUCAAACUCAUACAGUUGGUAGCAUAUAUAACAGGAAAAUUUUAAUUUCGAUUUCGCGUACCAAUCAAUUCUCGACUAGAACCUUCUUUCUCUGUAGAAUAAAAUAAAAAACACAUCAACCCCUUAAUUAAUUUCGCACGAAAAAAACAAAAUCUUUCUUUAAAUUCUCUCAUGGCCAUGUCAGUUGCUUCUUCUAUUUGCACCCUCCUUCCCUUCUCUAAACCCCACAACUCCGUACCUCUCUUCUCUUCCCAAACCAAAAAACGAUGUCGUAUCAUCAUCAGCUCCGUCACAGAGGAUCGUCAAGCAGCUUCAGUUGUGUCAAAAGACAAGAAAGUCCUUGAGGAUUCUUCUUCGCCUUCCAAGGAUAUCACAGAGGUAGCUACUGACACUGAUAUUCUCACCGGACGUGCUAUCAAUGCUGCAAUUGUUCUCGGAUUUGGAGCUUUUGCUGUCACCAAAUUGCUCACCAUUGAUCAUGAUUACUGGCAUGGUUGGACACUUUAUGAGAUACUGAAAUAUGUGCCUGAACACAAUUGGAUUGCCUAUGAGCAAUCUCUGAAAGCAAAUCCAGUUUUAGCUAAAAUGGCAAUAAGUGGAGUUGUCUACUCAAUUGGAGAUUGGAUUGCUCAGUGCUAUGAAGGAAAGCCUAUUUUUGAGUUUGAUCGAGCGCGGCUAUUUAGAUCAGGUCUUGUUGGGUUUACUCUCCAUGGAUCUCUUUCUCACUAUUACUACCAACUGUGUGAGGCUCUUUUUCCUUUCCAACAAUGGUGGGUUGUCCCUGCUAAAGUUGCUUUUGACCAAACUGUGUGGUCAGCUAUUUGGAACACCAUCUACUUUGUGGUUUUGGGCUUGUUGCGUUUCGACUCUUUGGACAACAUCUAUGGUGAACUCAAGUCAACAUUUUUGCCCAUGCUUACCGCAGGUUGGAAGCUUUGGCCUUUCGCCCAUCUGAUUACUUAUGGUGUGGUUCCUGUAGAACAAAGGCUUCUUUGGGUGGACUGUAUCGAGCUCAUCUGGGUCACAAUACUUUCAACGUAUUCAAAUGAGAAAUCAGAAUCCCGAAAAUCUGAGGAAGUGUCAGAAACAGCAGGAUCAUCUACUCCAAGCCAAAAUUCUGAGGAAUGAAACUGAGUAAAAUUAUGGAGAAAAAACUAUAUAGGUCCAUGGCAGUUACAAGUAUCAUCAACCUUGCAAAAGCAUUUGAUGACUCGGCUUAAAAUUCGAAGGAUCUCAAUUGAAGUUGAAGGAAGUACUGAAUAACUUUCGAAAACAGCGAUGACGACUAUACAUAAUAUAGAUAUACUUGUUGUGCAUCCUUCGGUGGUGACGAAUUAUUCAUGUUGAAGUGAUAUGAGACAUAGAUUAUUGUACAUAUAUAUUUGUUAACACAUUCACGAAAGUUAAAUUAUGUUUUACUUCUUCUUUGGGGGUGUAUUCAAUCCGCCUAUCAUUUGCAAUCCUGUAUAAAGAACAUACGAUGCUGGAAAAUGUGAAACAGCUCUUGUAAUUAAUAUAAACUUACUCAUUACCUUACAA